AUGACCACGUUUGUCAAGUGGACACGCGAUUGGGACGCUGAUUGGGACAUCGCCUGGAUCACUCUGUCGGACCCUGUUGGGUACACUAGCGGCUGGAAGGGCAUCCGCACCGCCGAGUACGCACCGGGCACCAUCCUCAACGUGGCGGGCUAUGGCGGCGACUGCCCUUCGGGGGGGGAUUGCUCCGACAACAUGAAGACCAUGGCGUGUAAGAUCGAGUCGGACUGCACCAACAGCCAGCGCUACUACUACACGUGCGACACCAUCGGCGGCAUGAGUGGCUCUGGCGCCUACCUCUACUACCCCUCGCUGCCCGUCCCUGACAACCGCUUCGUCAUUGGCGUUCACGCCUACGGCAGAGCAGCUUCGCGCUCCUGCCACACCAUCCGAAACUGCUUCAACAGCGCGACGUGUGGCGACCCCGUGGGGUUCAACCGCGCUGUCCGCAUCCGCCCCAACAUCCUCGCCACCAUGUGCGCCAACACAGAUGAUAUGUUGUGUUUUUGA